GUAGCCACUCACACAUAGACUCUCUUCACAUUCGCUCGAGUUCUUAACCUAAUAUAAUUGACGUGUCAAGAUGUUUGUAUGCCAGUGACAACGGAGCGAGAUUACUUCUCGUGAAAUUUCUUUGCGUUUUUUUUUUUUAUCGUGAUGACAAACGACGAAGAUGAAUAGCUUAGGUUUAAGCCUGAUUUUCAGAAUGGGUUGCAUUUGCGCGAAAGAGACCGUUACGGUAAACUCGAGGAAAUAUACGAUCCGUGAACACCUUGGAGAAGGUGGGUUCAGUACGGUACUUUUGGGAGAGGAUGCCGCAACGCACAAGAAAUAUGCUAUUAAGAAGAUCAUCUGUCAUGGGCCGGAGGAUCAACAAAUGGCAGCAAAGGAAAUAGAAUAUUACAAUCUGAUAAAGCAUCCUAAUGUUAUAAAAUGCAUUGAUUCAGCUCGUGAGGGUAUAGCUGACCCAAUCGUCAAUACAACAAGCGAAGUGUUAAUCGUUUUACCAUAUUACCAUAGAGGAACAUUACUGGACGAAUUAGAACAACGAGCUAAGAAUAGCGAUUAUAUGAGCCCUAUAGAUAUACUCAAUAUUUUUCUACAGAUUUGUGAAGGUGUGAAAGCAUUUCAUGAAGCCAAGCCUGAUCCUCUUGCACAUAGAGAUCUAAAAACUGCGAAUAUAGUACUUAGUGAUGAUGGGACACCUGUGAUUAUGGAUUUAGGUUCAGUAACAACUGCCAGAGUUCAAGUAUGUGGUACGCAAGCUGCGCGGACUUUACAAGACUUAGCUGCUGAAAGGUGCUCCAUGCCGUACAGGGCGCCAGAAUUAUUCAACGUUGAGAGUUAUUGCAUGGUUGACGAACGAACAGACAUCUGGUCGUUGGGUUGUAUACUUUAUGCACUGUGUUACUUUAAAUCACCUUUUGAUACUGUUUAUGAGCGAGGUGAUAGUGUGGCUCUCGCUGUGAUGAGCGCACAUGUUAUGUUUCCAGAAGGCACUCCAUAUAACGAGGACAUGCAGAGUUUAAUCCUCUCAAUGUUAAAAGUCAAUUCUAUGGAGCGUCCAUACAUAUACAGUGUGAUCGAGAAUGUACACGAUGCAAUAACCAAACUGGAAAUCAGAGCGUAAUCAUUGAUAUAUUACAGUGUAUGAUAUUGCAAUAUAAUAAUUUACAACGAGCAGUACAUAAGAGGGGAAAGUGAUUGGCGACUUAUGAAGGAAAGGCUGAAAUGUUAGUCUUUAACAAGUUGUUAGCGAGUGCAAUUAUUGAAUAAUAGAAGUCUGUAACACAAUACGGAAGGAUACCGUAGAUUAAAGCAGAGAAUAGUAUUUGUAAAAGAAAGUUUCCAAUUUGUAUAAAAUUACAGAACCACGACUUGUUGUUUGCAGGGGCACUGAAAAAACAAAAUAUUAUUAAGACGAAGGUACACAUUCCUUGUAUAAUCGUCAUAUUGUAUAAAAAGAUCAAGUAAAAACGAUAUUUUGAUAUAUAUACAU